AUGAAAUCGUUUUUUGAAAUAACUGGUGAAAAUGGUGAUACACCAACUACAAGUUAUUUAUUUUCAGAUAGUGACAGAUAUUUUUUCGAUUGUGGUGAAGGUUUUCAAAGAUUCAUCAAGGGUAGACCCAAUAUAACAUUAGGAAAGGUUAAAUCAAUAUUUAUUACAACAUUGUCAUGGGAUUGUAUUGGUGGUAUAAUUGGUUUAUUUUUAACUUUGUUAGAGUAUAAUGUAAAGAUACGUGUAUAUGGUCCAAAAGGUUUACAUAAACUUUUAACAGCAUCAAGAGAUUUUCAAUUUGGUUUAAAUAUAGAAGUUUACGAAAUUAACACCCAUCUCGUUCAAGUUCUUCGUGAUGAAUUAUUUAUUUUUCAUACUUUACCAAUUUAUAAGAAUCAAGAGCAAUUAGAGAAAUCAACUGUUGAUGAAUCAAGCCAACCUGAAAUGGUCUACUAUGGUAAAAAACCAAAUUUCAAUCAAAAAAAGGAAUCCUAUGAAAAUAGUCCAAUUGUUUGUUAUAUUGCUCAAACUAAAGAUUUUAAAGGUAAAUUUUUACCUGAUAGAGCCGUUGCUUUAGGUGUUCCAAAAGGAAGAGCAUUCAAAGAUUUGCAAGAUGGUAACUCUGUUGCAAAUAAAGAUGGUGUUAUGAUUAGUCCUGAUCAAGUUAUGGAACCAAGUGUCAAGGGUUCAAAGGUUGCUGUUAUUCGUUGUCCAUCAGAAGAAUACUUUAAUGGUCUAUUUAGCCAUCAACAUUUAUUUGUAGAUAUUUUAGUAAUCAAUCAUAUUGUACCAUACUCAGUUUUAAAAAAUCAAAGAUAUAUCGAAUUUAUGGAAGGCAUCAGUCGUCAAAACAACAAUAAAGUUAAGCAUGUCAUUGUUAAUAAUGAUAAUUGUGAACGUUCCCCAGGUUGUCUUUCCUCAGAUCUACAAAUCUCAAAACUUUGUAAAUUUAUACCAAACUUGUUCCCAAACACUGCAGAUGAACGUAUCGUUAAACCAAUCGAAUUUUUAUCAAGCAAUCAAACUUUAAAUAACAACAAUGUUUUACCAUGUAAAGAUGCUACCCAUAUCCAAUUAGGCCCACCACAAUUCGCUGGUAACUAUGAAUUUUUACCAAUGUUUAACUCCUCUUCAGUUGCUGCCGCUGCAUCAAGUGUAAAUGAGGAAAAUGAUUUUGUAGAUAAUGGCAAAUCAAUGGAAGAUUUUAUUAACACUGAAAAAGGUCAAGAAUUUAAAACCCAAUUAGAUAAGCAAAUCCUCCAAUUAGAAUCAAAUCCAAAUAAGUGUUGCCAUCCAAAGAUAUUAUUUACUGGUACUGGUUCAGCUAUACCUUCAAAAUAUAGAAAUGUCACAGGUAAUUUUAUUACACUUAAAGAUGGUAAAAAUUUACUUUUAGAUGCAGGUGAAAGUACAUUUGGUCAAUUAUAUCGUUUCUUUGGUCCAAACAAAUUAAAGAAAGAAUUAAUCAAUCUCAGAAUGAUCUGGUUAUCUCAUUUACACGCUGAUCACCACUUGGGUAUUCCAAACCUUAUCGAAAAAAGAGAACAAUUUGCCAAAGAAUUGGGUGUUGAAAUUCAACCAAUCUAUAUUAUUGGUCCAGAGCCAUUAAUUAAAUGGGUAACUGAAUUAUCAAGUAUUUUACCAAUGAAGUUUGUCGGUAUUGCUAUAGGUAAAGAUUGUCCAGAUCUCUACAAAGUCAGUAAAGAAUUAGAUAUUAAAACAUUUUCAAUGGUACCAGUUAUUCAUUGUAAUCAAGCAUUUGGUUGUGUUAUCGAAUGGAAUGAUGGUUUUAAGAUGUCAUACUCUGGCGAUACUCGUCCAUGUAAAUUUUUAUCAGAAAUGGGUAAAGGUUCAUCAGUUUUAAUUCACGAAGCAACUUUUGAAGAUGAAAAACAAAAUGAUGCUGUUUCAAAACGUCAUUCAACUGUAGGUGAAGCAUUACAAGUCUCAAGAGAUAUGAAUUGUUCAUUUUCACUUUUAACUCAUUUCAGUCAACGUUAUCCAAAUUUAAAGAUGGGCACCUACCAAGACUCUAACUAUGGUUUAGCAAUAGAUUUACUUCAAAUAGCACCUUAUCAAUAUCCAUUAGUUUAUCAAAUGAUUGAACCUUUCUCAUUAUUAUUUGAAGAUGAAGCUCAAAAGAAAUUAGAUAGAAAGCAACAAUUACAAAUGACCAAUCAACAACCAAUAAAGAAAUUUAAAACAUCAAAACCUGUAGACGAAGAAGAGGCUGCUGAAAAAGAAUCAAAAAGACUUGAAAGAUAUCAAAACAAAUAUAAAAAUGUAGAAACAAAUAUUCCAGCUUUUAUCUAUAAUAUAACAUCAACCUCUUUAUCAACAGUAGAAAAUACCUUUGAUGAUUUAUCAAACGAUGACCAAUUUUAUGAUGAUGAUUUUUAAUAAACAAUAUUCUUUAAAUAAAUAUUAUUAUCCACUAUAAAUUUAUUAUAGUUUUUUAAAAACC